AUGACUGGAGGUGGGGGUGCAGCUGAGGUGAGAUCCAGCAGAAGGACAAUGUUUGCGCCCGGUGUUGGCACCCCGCUGCUGCCGGGGCGCCUGGUACUGAUGCUGUUCCUGCUGUGUGCCUCCGAGCCGAGGCUGGCCCAGGCUUGUCCCGGGCUCCUCGCCUCCAGCAGCGGCUGCAGCUGCGCGGAUGAGCGGCCCAAGGCGCACAGCAGCCCGGCUGUGGGGAAGAGGGUGAGCUGCAGCAAAGAGGAGCUGUCUGAACCUCCGGAUGCCAGCCUGCUCCCUAACAGGACCGUCACUUUGGUACUGAGCCACAACAAAAUCCGAGUUCUGAGAAAUGGAUCCUUCAUUGGACUUCAUGCUUUGGAGAAACUGGACCUUAAGCACAACUUAAUCAGCACCAUCAUGCCUGGAGCCUUCCAGGGCCUAUCUGAGCUUCGGAAACUCGACCUAUCCAACAACCGCAUCGGCUGCCUAACUCCCGACAUGUUCCAGGGACUUACCAAUGUCACUAAACUGAACCUCUCUGGCAACAUCAUAUCUACCCUUGAUCCAGGCGUGUUCCAGGAGCUACCGUCCCUCAAGCUAGUGAACUUCAACUCUGACUUCCUGUCAUGUGACUGUGGCCUGCGCUGGGUGCCGGGCUUCUUUCGCAGCAGUUCAGCCCGGCUGGGGGACGAAACACUCUGCGCCUAUCCCAGAAGCCUGCGGGGAAAGCCCCUGCGUGGACUAAGGGAAAGCCAGCUGAGCUGUGAUGGAGCUCUGGAGCUGCACACCCUGUCCCUGCUGCCAUCCCAGCGGCAGGUGGUCUUCAAAGGCGACCGCCUGCCCUUCCACUGCACGGCUGCUUUGGUCGACAAAAUCACCACCUUGCACUGGCGGCACAACGGUCAGCUGGUGACCUCUGACCCAGAAAAGGGUGUCCAACUGGAGAAGAGUGUGCUCCACGACUGCACCUUUAUCACCAGUGAGCUCAUCCUAUUCAAUGUACAUGUGGAGGCCAGUGGAGAGUGGGAGUGUGUGGUGACUACUGGGCGGGGCAACACUUCUUGCAAGGUUGAAAUAGUGGUGCUGGAGAACAGCGCCUCCUUCUGUCCAGAGGAUAAAGUUGUCAACAACCGGGGGGAGUUCAGGUGGCCACGGACCCUAGCAGGUAUCAUCUCCCACCAGUACUGCCUGCAGCUGCGUUAUCCCUCCUUGUCUAUGGAGGGGGGCAUGGAGCAGAAGAAAGCCUCGCGUUACUGUGACCGCUCCGGAAAAUGGCAGGAAGGCGACUACUCAAACUGUCACUACACCAAUGGCAUCACCCGUGUCCUUCAUACCUUCAUCCUGAGGCCCAUAAAUGCAUCCAAUGCCGUCACUGUGGCACAUCAGGUGCGCACGUACACCUUGGAGGCAGCGGGCUUUACUGAUUCGGUGGAUGUGUUGUAUGUGGCCCAAAUGAUGGAGAAGUUCAUGGAAUAUGUGAGGCAGCUGCGAGAGCUGUCUGAGGUGUUGGUGGAGAUGGGGAGCAACCUGAUGCAGGUGGACGACCAGAUCCUGGCCCUUGCACAGAGAGAGAAGAGAGCCUGCAGCUCAAUAGUCUACUCUCUGGAGACGCUGGCCUGGCCUCAGCUGCAUAGCCAUGCCCAAGACCUUUCCAUGGUGUCCAGGAACAUUGUGAUGGAGGCUCAUCUGAUUCGACCAGCCCACUUCACUGGCAUAAGCUGCACUGCAUACCAGCGUCGUGAAGUAUUAACAGGCAGCUUGGGAAUGGAAACAGCAGAGUCCACCCAUGAACAGCAGCUCCGUUUCCGCUGCACCACCGGCUCUCAUAACACCUCCCUUAACAAUUUUGCCCUAAAGAAUUCAAUAGCCCUGGCCUCUGUGACGCUUCCAGCCUCUCUGUUUCCUCCUGAUGCUCCUGCAGAUUGUAAGCUGCAGUUUGUAGCCUUCCGAACCGGCCGCUUUUUUCCCCUCUCCGGGAACUCAAGCAUUGUUGGGGAACACUCUCGACGACGUAGCGUCAACACCCCUGUCAUCUUUGCAGGCCUGGAUGGUUGCAGCAUGUGGAAUCACUCAGAGGCCAUCUGGGUGUCGCUGCGCCACUUGUCCCCUGGUACGGACCCUGUGGCAGCCCAGUGGAGCUUGAAGGCGCUGGAGAGCCAGGGAGGCUGGAGCCAGGAGGGCUGUCAGCUGGUCCACAGUGACAGCAGCACCUCCACGUUGCGCUGCUCUCUGCUGAGUAACUACGCUGUGCUGCAGGAGGUGCCGGACUUCCCAAACUCCUCACCUGUCUCAGUGAGGGUGCUCCACCCUGUGGUGUAUGCCUGUACUGCAGUGCUCCUCCUAUGCCUCUUCACCAUCAUCAUCACACACAUUCUAUACCACAGUUCUAUUCACAUAUCAAGAAAGAGCUGGCACACAUUACUCAAUACCUGUUUCCACAUCGCCAUGACCACAGCCAUCUACGCAGGAGGCAUUAGUUUGACUAGCUACCCCGUGGUGUGCCAGGCGGUUGGCAUUGCGCUGCACUACUCCUCGCUGUCUACUCUGCUGUGGAUUGGCGUGAGCUCCAGGGUUAUCUACAAAGAGGCUGUGUGGAGAAUGCCACGGCAGCCAGAGGGAGAGUCUCCUGUUCCACCUACUCAGCGACCAAUGCUCAGGUUCUAUUUGAUAGCUGGUGGAGUUCCUCUUAUCAUUUGUGGGAUCACUGCAGCUGUCAAUGUCAACAACUAUGGAGACAACAGUCCUUACUGCUGGCUGGUGUGGCGCCCCAGUCUGGGGGCCUUCUUUGUCCCUGCUGGCCUAGUGGUGCUGGUGACCUGGAUCUAUUUCCUGUGCACUGUGUUUCGCCUUAGGCACCGUGUGGCCAAAGAAUGUGCAGGAACUUCCCUGUCCUCCCCUGUGCCUGAGAGCCAGCCUGCACUGGCAGGAAGCACCAGUCUCUUGUCCACAGACUCAGUGGUGGGACCUAUAAACCCUGUCUUGGCUCCAGAGGACCAGUACUCCCUGAAGACACAGUUCUUGGUGUUGGUGGCCACUCACUUCCUGUUUGUGGGUUUGUGGUGUUGUGGAGCCAUGGCCAUGUGGCUGACAGGGCAUACCAGUUUGUUGUUCAGCUGUCUCUAUGGAUUGGCGGCCACAGCUCUGGGGGGUUUUCUGGUGGUGCACCACUGCUUCCGACGUGUGGAUGUGCAAGCUUCAUGGCUGGCGUGCUGCCCAGGCUAUCGCCGCUCCCAGCCCAUGUCCACUUACACACAUACCUGCACUACUGGCAGUGGGGUACAGACCUCUGAGCAAGGGUCCCAGCUCUUCAUCAGCUGCCAUCCGCCAGGUGACUCUCACAACUCCUCCUCCGCCAGGUCAUCUUCCACACCCAGCGGGAUCAGCAGUGUCGGUCCCGGGCCCUGCAAGCUGACCAACCUGCUCCAGGUGGCGCAAGACAAUCCCAACAACACCUCGCGUGCCCCUGUAGGCACCAACACCAGCACCAGUACAGACAACAUUACCAAGCCAACAAACAAUCUUCUGCCCAUCAUAAACUCUGUAGCCCCAGUGCCCCAGAGAAGAAAGGUGAGUAGCAGAACUAAACAAGGGAGUAGCCAAUAUCACCACCGCGGUGAGGGCAGAGGUCACUAUCGUCUCAAAGCUCUAAGGACUGCUGGAGGUGGGGGCAGCCUGGGAGCAUUAGGACCCACAGGUUUAGAGCACCUCAAUUCUUCACAUGCAGCUCACAAACAUGCCACUAGUGAGAACGGCAGCAUCCACCACAGCCUGUCAGAGAGCCAGGCCAGCCCGCUAACCAACGGCAGGCGGGUUGGAGAGUCAGUGGCCACCAGCCCCUCCGAGGGAAGUGAUGGGGGCAGCAGUGGGAGCCGCAAACCGUUUCCCCUGUUACCAUCUAUGGCCAGCAGAGCGGCCAUGCAUGGCGCCCAGAGACGUUGUGCCAGCAGAGACAAUUUGAAACUGGCAGCGGCUGCAGAGCGAGAAGCGAAGCGCUGCUCCUAUCCUUUGAACAGUGUUACCACCACCGUGCCAGGGGCCGCCGCCCCUAAUGGCACUCUCAAAAAUUCGGUGCUAGAGCUGGAUCAGGACAUGAGUGGCACGGACCAAUCCCAGGGCUCUGUUGGAAUGAAAACUGGUUUGUGGAAGAGUGAAACCACGGUCUAACCCAUACUUCUGUAUGAGCAUCUAUGCAUGGCCCUAGCAGAUAUUUUAAAUAUGAUUGGGUUAUGUUUCAACGGUCUCUUGAACACAGUAGUCGUAUAAUUUAAGAUAUAAAAUUACAAAGGCAUCCAGGACCCUAAACUGGUACUCUUGCCUCUGUAGCAUAGUAAGAGUUUGCUGUGAAAUGGUGAAAAAAAUAAUAAGGCAGGUCUUUUGAUUGUCAUUUUCAAAACUGAGAUACUCUCUUUUUCAUUUCACAUAAAAUUGUACAAGCUAUGUCUGAAAUUGGCAUAUGAUGUUGAUUUUGGAUGUCUAAUGAAAGCUUUAUUGUUUUCGUUGUGAUUUUUCUAUGCAUAUCAACUAUAGCAUGAAAUGGAAUGCAACUAAAUCCAUUUCCAAAGUACAGAUAUAUGCAUUUAAUCUGUGGACAACCUUUCGUUCUUACGUUUUCUUCAAGUAAUUGUGUAUGCUCAUGUAUGUUCCUGUAUGUUGUGUGUGUGUGUGUGUGUGUGUGUGUGUGUGUGUGUGUGUGUCUGUGUGUGUGUGUGUGUGUGUGUGUGAGAGAGAGAGAGAGAGAGUAUUUUGUGCACAAGAAAGUAUACACAUGAGUUUGGAUGUACAGAAUGUCUGUAUGUGAAUUAAAAAA